CUUCAUCCGGCUCGUAACAUCGCUUCGCUUCAUAGUAUUUCCUUAAAAUCAAAUUAUUGUCCGAUCUAAGCAGAAUCAUAAGUAAUGACUUGGACACCCCCAAGAUGGGCAUGGGCCUGACAAAGAAUGGCUAACCUCAAGCCUGCGCAUGCGGCCGCUAUUGCGCGGUUGCGCAGCUACGUACCGCCACCGACACAGUAUUAUUCGCUUCCGCUAACGCGGAGGGCGGCCGUGUUGAUCCUGCUUUAUGCGGACAAGCAUGGGGAGCUCAGAGUUGUGCUCACGAUGAGAGCCAAGACACUCAAGUCUUAUGCCGGACAGGCUGCUCUUCCUGGAGGCAAGGCGGAUAGCCUCACAGAAACACCAUUUCAAACGGCGCGUCGCGAAGCAUACGAGGAGAUCGGCCUCCCCCUGUCAGACAACAAGCUGCCCGCGCCGUACCAGAUCGAGGAGCUGUGCCAGAUGCCGUGCAAUCUUGCCCGCACCGAACUGGGCGUCCGCCCAUGCGUGGCGUACAUUUCGCCCAACCCUUCGUACGACUGGCCAAAGGACAAGCCGAUACCCUCUGCCGAGGAAGUGCUCCUCCCCAGGCUGGACGCCCGCGAGGUCGCCGCAGUCUUCUCGGCGCCGUUCCACAACUUCCUCCGCGAGACCGAUGAGCGCAUCGAGCACAGGUCCACCGACGCCGGAGAGGACGUCGGCGCUGAGGCGACGGGAUUCCCCGCCCAGUGGUAUCAGGGCAUGUGGACAGACUGGCACGAAUCCCGGUGGCGCAUGCACAACUUCUACGUGCCCGUCGCCGGCCAGACCGUCGCCUGGUCCAAGCCGCAGUCCUCGUCCUCGCCCGCGCUCGGCUCAACCUCGCUUCCCUACCGGGAUCUUCCGCGCGCAGCGACAGCCGUGCGGCAGGCCAAGGACACCAUGAAGCGGUUCAGGGUGUUCGGGAUGACGGCACGCAUUCUAGUCGAUGCGGCUAGGCAAGCGUAUGACGAGGAGCCAGAGUUUGAGCACAAUUCGCACUUCGGGGACGAGGACAUGAUUGGCAGGCUGCUCAGGAUAGGAAGGCUAGGGCCAAUUAGAAAACCAGGAGACGAGUUAACCAAGGAAGACUUGGAAGCAGCUUCGAGAAUAUGAGUACUCGCUCCAAGCUGUUGUCCACUUCCACUUCAGAAUUGACAAGAGAUAAAUGAAACUUUUCACUUCAUAAACAGCUCUGAAGGCGUUGAUGAGUCCCCAAAACCAUAAGGUUUCGUCUGUUGCUAUUCUAUCAUAGCCCUAUUGUCCAAAUUGAACGCCCGGUAAAGGGGACUGUGCUACGGGUCCUGCCAAUCCAUGCGCAGAGACAAGACUAGGAGAAAUUCCACAUGCCAACUGAAC